AUGAGCGUCACCAUUGACGCCCUCUAUAUCUUUGACGAUCAUCACAACUGUGUUCUGGAGCACAUCUACACCGGACGCCCGCCCCCCGCGCGGACUCUCAUCUCCAGCUUCACCAGUAGACCACGUCCUCGGCCUGCUGUCCUCCAACUCGCGGAGCUCGCCCCGUCAACAACAGUAUAUUCCAUCUCUCACUCAACACUUUUCCUGAUCGCAGUAUCGAGUAAGGAUGCACAGCCUCUGGCAAUCCUCGAGUUUCUCCAUCGACUCGUCGAUGUUUUUGAAGAUUUUCUGGGCAGUCCGCUCCUGGCCAACAAGAUUGAGGACAACUAUGAAAUCGUGGCACAGCUGCUGGGUGAGAUGUGUGAUGGUGGAAUUGUAUGCAACACGGAACCCAAUUCUCUUCGAGAGUCGGUAGAGGUCUCUUCAGCCCUGGGCCGUUUAUUCACACAAGUUGGGCUACAAGGAACCUCCCCAGCUCUUGCGCCGUCGAGCAACUUCGCAUCGAGUCUGCGACCGACGCCUACGCCAUCAAAAGGACCGGCCAUUCCCUGGCGCAGGUCCAAUGUUCGGCAUACCUCGAACGAACUCUACGUUGACAUUGUUGAGAACCUUUCUGUCAUAUUUGCUCCCUCUGGCCGUCCAAUUUCUGCCCGAUCUCAUGGAUCGAUAGCCUUCACCGCUAAGAUAUCUGGAGUUCCAGAUCUCCUUUUGACUUUGUCCGCCCCCGGAGGGACGAGCAGUGCCAAAACCUUGGGAAUUGUUCGAACUAUGCAACUACCAGUCUUUCACCCCUGUGUCCGAUUGUCUCGAUGGAAAGACUGUCCUGGAGACAUAUCUUUUGUUCCUCCCGAUGGACGUUUCAUGCUGGCAGGCUAUGAAACUGAUCUCAUGCCUUCCAGUUUCAACGCAGACCAGCCUCCUAAUGAGACCGAGAGGAUCUUCUUACCCGCACUUGUAGAUCUACGACCAGGACUUGGGAGCUCAGGCGCGGAGUUUGAAGCUCGACUGACUUUAAACAAUAAUUUCCCGGGCGUUUCGACUUCUAAACCGGGCGCUUCUCGAUCCACUUCAGGCCCCAUCUCGUCACUGUCAUUCGGCGGUGGUAGCGGCGGCAGUUCCAACGCCCCUUCAUUGGAAGCUGUUGUGGUUACCAUUCCCUUUCCAGCAGACGUUCGCAGCGUGACAGAACUGAAGGCUUCUCGAGGCGAAGCAAAUUAUAAUACAUUCGAUAAAGUGGUUGAAUGGAAAGUGCCCACCAAAGACAGCGCGUCGAUAAAUGGGGUGGCUACGUUGACCGGCACCGUAUCCGGUCCACUCAACGCGGACCAUACCGAUGACAAUGAGCUACAAGCUGCUGAAGUCGGUAAAUUCAACAGUAUGGCCGGAUACUACGACGAGGAUGCAGUGGCGGACCAGACCGAACAACAUGAGUCUGCAUUGAACGGCAGCAAUGCAAGUGUCAAGAAUAAAGCACUGAUGCCUCGGUCAAUCUUGGUGUCAUUCAGCGUCAAAGGAUGGCUGCCGAGUGGAAUCAAGGUAGACAGUUUAGUGGUGGAUGCUAAAAAAUCAAAGGGCCUCGGGGAUGGGGUAAGACCGUACAAAGGGGUCAAAUAUCUUACUGUGAGUAGACAAGGGGUCGAAAGACGAGUUUCGUGA